GCAAUUCAGCCUUACCGAUGUCCUGCCAGGGUUUUUUUGCUUCAUACUAUCAAGAAAUAAAUAACUAUAGUUGACCUCUACCUACAAGAAAGUGGUUUUCUUGGAAGCUUAUUUUAUUUUCCCCUCUCUAUUUUGGAUUAUACAAGACCUUCUCUGAAAUGUUGACACGGAAACUACGACAAUGUAAAGUAAAACAAGUGAACUUUUUGUUCCUUGUGGCACUUGCUGUAGCAGCCUUUACAUUUGUAACAAACCGCAGCAAAUCUCUAUUUUUUACAAACAUGGACCUGGAACUUAAAAAAGAUAAUCCAGUUAUUUCUGUUAACUGCACCAAGAUUAUAAAAGGAGAUCUCGAGGAAAUCCAGAAAUCCAAAUUAGAGUUGUUAACUGUCAAGUACAAAAGCCAGCGGCAUCAGCUCACAGAAGAUGACUAUAUUAAUAUGACAAACGACUGUGAAUCCUUCACCAGAGACCGAAAAUAUAUAUUGUACCCACUAAGCAAAGAAGAACAUGAGUUUCCCAUUGCAUACUCAAUAGUGGUCUACCAUAGGAUUGAUAUGCUUGAGAGGCUGCUGCGCUCCAUAUAUACUCCUCAGAAUUACUACUGCAUUCAUGUCGACAAGAAAUCUUCUCCAUCUUUUCAGAAUGCUGUGAAAGCGAUUGCUUCUUGUUUUGAAAAUGUGUUCAUAGCUAGCCAACUAGAAAAUGUGGUGUAUGCAUCAUGGACUAGGGUGCAGGCUGAUCUAAAUUGCAUGAAAGAUCUUCACAAUAGGAAUGCAAAAUGGAAAUACUUAAUAAACCUCUGUGGUAUGGAUUUUCCAAUAAAAACAAAUCAAGAAAUGGUAGAAAUGUUAAAGGGAUUAAAGGGUCAAAACAGCAUGGAAACUGAAAGGAUGCCUCCCCAUAAAGAAGUUCGUUGGCGAAAACAUUAUGAAAUUGUUGACAACUCCAUUAGGAAAACUGAAACUGACAAAGCGCCUCCUCCUAUUGAGACACCAGUGUUUUCUGGUAGUGCCUACUAUAUUGUAACACGAGCAUUUGUUAAUUAUAUUUUGGAAAAUGAAAUGAUCCAACGUUUUUUAGAAUGGUCUAAAGACACGUACAGUCCUGACGAAUUCAUAUGGGCCACGCUUCAACGUAUUCCUGGAGUACCGGGUUCUGUACCAGCUAAUAGCAAAUAUGAUGUUUCUGAUAUGAACGCUUAUGCCAGAUUUGUGAAAUGGCAAUAUUUAGAAGGAGACGUGGCCAAAGGAGCACCAUAUCCCCCGUGUGCUGGAAAUCAUGUUCGUUCUGUUUGUAUAUUUGGGGCAGGGGACCUGGAAUUUAUGCUGCAGAAACAUCAUUUGUUUGGUAACAAGUUUGAUAUUGAUGUGGACCCUGCUGCCAUUAUGUGCCUAGAAGAACAUUUAAGACACAAAGCACUAAAUCCAGAACUACAAGUGUAAUCUUUUUGGCUGUCAUUGUGGUCCCUUUAAACUAAGAAGGAAUGGUGGUUUGGAUAUUAUGGGCUCAAUUCAUGAACAAUUUUCUCACCCAUAUUUUGUUCACUUCGUGCCAUUCGUCAAUUGCAACGACUGUGCCUUUAACCAUAGAUAUGGAUGUUAUUCAUACAUAAUGACCCAGUACAUCAUUUUUUCAUAUUUCUUUGAACUUGCACUAGCACUUGAUUGGCUAACAUUGGCAACUGUGCUUGUGCACUAUAAGUGUUCAUAAUUUCAAUAAAGGCUGUUGCACAACAGGAUCUUGCAAAAUUUUUUUAUUUAUUAUUGAACAAAUCGACGUUUCGCCCCUCACUGAGGCCUUUGUCAAGAUAUCUUGCAUCUUGACAAAGGCCCCAGUGAGGGUCGAAAUGUCGAUUUGUUAAAUAAUCAUUUUUUUGCAACAGCCUUUAUUCAAUUUCUAUACCUAUAUUCUGUUAGCACCAGGACAAUAACCCAGAUAAGUGAGUGCAGGUACACAUUUUAGAAAUUCUUAAUGUUAAUUAAAAAAGCCAUGUGUGUAACAUUGUAAAGGGAUUAGGUUUGAAAUCAUGAAUGUUUUGGAUAAGCGACCAAACAAAAAAUGUUGUAACUUUUUUCCUGCACUUGAUUUGAAAAAUAAAAGUUUAACUUUAAUAUUUAUUUUGCAUAUAAUAUUGCCCAUUAACAAGCUUCUUUUUUUUUUUGGUCUUGUAAAUGUUUAUAUUACAUUCAUCUUGUAAAUGUUUAUAUUACAAAGUGCUAUGACUUUUUAUAAACUGAUCAAAAAAUGCUGGUAGCACCAAAGAAAUUGGUCCGUGGUGGACUUAUAUAGAUAUACCAUAACUCAAGUGAGUUAGAUUUAGUUUUUUUGCAAAAGCUUAUUUUCCCUGUCUCUGUAAAAAGACAAUUAUUGCUGGUAUUUAUUUUUCAUUGUCAUUGUUCUACAUGUGUUUAGUUGAAAUGUGCCAUAGCAUUUUUAGUGAGUUUUCAAUAAUUUUUGGGACAUAAUUCUAAUAUACAUAUUAGAUAUUUUUAAAAUGUUAAUUUCUGCUUUAAAUAGAAACUAGUGUAUUUGGGGUUCCCCCCCCCAAGUAUCAAUGAAACCUUAUCCCUUACAUAAAACAAACCUGACAAAUCCUUAGUAUUUAUUUGGUGUUGAAGGUGAUGGUAUAUAUUUUUUUUUCUUUUAAUUUUAUGAAGGUUCUUGUUUUUUUAUGCGUAAUAGCACUUUGUUGGAUUCCUGUGAUGCAUAUUCCAUUGUGUUUGGCUAUUGGUGGAAUGCUGGAAGUUGUAAAUUAGGUUUAUAUUUGGAUGACAGGAGGUUUAUGCAUACCUGAUCAGAGGAGAUCAAAUCUAUCAAAGGCAAGAAAUAUGGCAUGCCCAUCUUCAUCAUGAAAGGUAAAGACUAGAAUAGACUUUUGUUUUUUAGUAUUUUGAAAUUUCCCUGAUUUCCCCCCCUCCUUUUUUUGUUACAAUACUGACAACUAUCUUGAGAAAAUGCAUCCAUAUAUAAUAAUAAUUUUUUUGUUUUUUAAAUUGCAAUAAGGGAAGGUUCUGAUAAUGUGAAUUAUAUACAGACGUCUGACACUUAUUUAUUUUGAUACCAAGUGUAAGAGUUUGCUUACCUUUAUGUUUUCUUUCCCAUGAACAUAUUGUAGACAACCAUGCAAUUUUUUUUUUCCUCAGGGCAUUUUGUAAAAUAAUUUUUGUAAGUCCCUUUCUAUUACUUGUAUGAAGGUCGAUGAUCUUUAUUUUUGUACAUUAUAAAAACAGUUAUAUUUUUCUUAAAAUCAUAGUUUAAAUGUCAUUUCCAGUCUGUCAAGCUGGUAUUUUGUCUAAUAAAAUAAGGUUUGCUGUAAA